AUGGAUGAAGAAGCCCCCAGAAACCAGGUCGGCCGCACGAGCAUGGGUAACGCCGCUCUGAGUAACCCCUACGAUGACAGUCCCAAGGACGCCGUUUCGAUCGAAGUGAAUCAAGUCUCCGGGCAAAAAUCAGCCUCGCCUCUGUGGCGAAGAGUUUUGUCCUUCGUAUGGGACUCAGCCGAUGGCGAAGAGGAAUAUCGUCGUUAUGUGCGACGACUAGAUCUUGGACUCUUUCCUAUCGUGUGCUUGGGAUACUUCAUUAAGUAUCUCGACCAGACGAACUACAGCAAUGCGUUCGUCAGCGGCAUGAAAGAAGACCUUCACCUGUAUGGCAACGAGCGAAAUUGGCUGAACACCUGGUUUGCGCUGGGCAUCAUCAUCGGCAGCGUUCCAGCGCAGAUGUUUCAGCUUCGCUUCGUCCGACCAUCGAUUCUCAUACCCUCCUGUGAAGUCGCAUGGUCUGCAUUGGUCACCGGUAUGGGGUUCGCCAAAAACAUCGAGACUAUGUACGCACUUCGCUUCUUCACAGGACUCUUCGAAUCGUGCGCGUUUCCAGGCUAUGUUGCGAUCCUCGGGUCAUGGUACGGACCUCAAGAACUCGCAAAGCGUACCGCAAUUUUGCUGGAAGUGGAAUCGAUAGCGAGCAUGUUCAGUGGCUAUUUGCAAGCUGGUUUGUAUAAUGGCAUGAAUGGCCGCCAUGGUCUAGCGGGUUGGAGAUGGUUGUUCGUCAUGGACGGUGUCAUUUCCAUUCCCAUCGCUGUUGCGGGUUUCAUCCUGCUGCCGGACAAGCCACAUACCACAAGGGCGUUCUAUUGGUCUGCAGAGCACAUUCGAUAUGGCAUUGAGCGUGUCGAGAAAUUCGGUCACCAGGCGCCACUGAAGUUGACGUGGCAAGAGAUCAAGCGAAUACUGGCAACAUGGCAGCUUUGGGUGUUCGUUUGGUCUUACGUCAUGAUCGCCGCCUGCCAUACUGCCACAAGCUACUUCAACCUGUGGCUCAAAGCCGAGGGCUACAGCGUCGACAAAAUCAACUACUUGCCUACUGGAGGGAAUGCUCUAGCAAUAGUCGUUACGCUUGCUUGGGGCAUGCUGGCCGAUCGCACUGGAAAAUUCUACUGGCUCAUCGUCAGUCUGCUCGGCGUCAUGAUCUUGUCCAACAUUUUGCUGUCUGUUUGGAAUAUUCCCAAGGCGGCUUUGAUGUUCGCGUACUACAUUUCUUAUGCUGGAAGUGCUACUACGCCGGUGCUCAUUGCCUGGGCUUCUAAACUCAAUGCUGGCGAUCCGAAUCUGAGACAGCUUCUUGUGGCUGUUGCGAACUUCUUCUCUUAUGCUUGGGUGCUUUGGGUUCCUCUUGUGCUAUUCCCUACUUACGAUGCCCCGAGGUACAAAUACGGUUACCAGAUCCUGAUCCUUUUUGGUGGGCUGGCGAUCGGAUUCGUCACGGCACAUAAGUAUUUGCAUGAACGGAAAGCUCGUGUAUAACUAUGAAGUGGAUGAUAAUGCACUUGCUCGGGCUCCACUGCAUGCCGGCUAGACACCGGGCUGCACAUGGCCGGUAUAGUCAACGCAGAAUUGCUAGACUGCCAGCAGAUCUCGUAAUACAGCGACACAGUAGCAAUCUAUUCAUCCCAUUGAG